CAUGCGCCAUGUUCACGUGACUUUGAGGUCGGAAGUGACAGUCGGAUGACUUGGGUCACGUGGUUUUUGAUAGAGGCUUGCUAAACAGAAAAUCUGUAAGUAGUAGUUGGAACUAGAAGACUUGAAAACUCAAAGCAUUAGGACGAAGGCGGCUUUUAUCACCGUGGUAUUUAAUUGUCACCAUGCAGAACGUCAUCAAUUCUGUGAAAGGCACAGCUCUAGGGGUAGCUGAGUUUCUAACGCCCGUCCUGAAGGAAUCCAAGUUUAAAGAAACUGGAGUUAUAACUCCAGAGGAGUUUGUUGCUGCAGGAGAUCAUCUAGUUCAUCACUGCCCCACAUGGAAAUGGGCAUCAGGAGAAGAAGCAAAGGUGAAACAGUACUUGCCAAAUGACAAGCAGUUUCUGUUAACCCGUAAUGUUCCAUGUUACAAGCGUUGUAAACAAAUGGAGUACUCCGAUGAGCUGGAGGCCAUUAUAGAAGAGGAUGAUGGAGAUGGAGGAUGGGUUGACACAUAUCAUAACUCUGUGGCUGGUGUGACUGACGCAGUUCGUGAAAUCUCAUUGGAUAACAAAGACAAUAUGAACAUGAAUUUGCACAUGGGCAGUGGAAAUAGUGAUGAUGAUGAUGAUGAUGAUGAUGAAGUAGAAGCAGCAGAUAUGAAAGAGUAUGAAGAAAGUGGGCUUUUGGAAACCGAUGAGGCCACUCUUGACACAACAAAAAUGGCAGAUACAGCUAAAUGGAAGGCUGAGGCAAGCGGAGAAGAUGCCAUUCUACAGACAAGGACCUAUGAUCUAUACAUAACUUAUGACAAGUACUAUCAAACUCCUAGGCUGUGGCUGUUCGGAUAUGAUGAGGAAAGACAGCCUCUCACUGUUGAUCAGAUGUAUGAGGACAUCAGCCAGGACCAUGUGAAGAAAACAGUCACCAUUGAAAACCACCCACACCUGCCUCCUCCUGCUAUGUGCUCUGUACAUCCAUGCAGACAUGCUGAAGUGAUGAAGAAGAUCAUUGAAACUGUGGCUGAAGGUGGAGGAGAGCUUGGGGUUCAUAUGUACCUCUUGAUUUUCCUCAAAUUUGUGCAAGCUGUUAUUCCAACAAUAGAAUAUGAUUACACAAGACACUUCACUAUGUAACUUUCCAGGAAUGUAGCUGGAGUUCUUCUUCAAAGUGGGCUGAAUGGAAUUGAGGCAGAGGCCAGCAACACAUAUAUACAAGCAGUUUUACAUAGUUAAACAACGUUAUGGGAAAUUGCAUUGGUAAAAGGUUUAAAUGAUUAACUCCCAGCUGUAACUCCAUAUGGCAUAUUCCUUUUUCAUUUUAACCCCUUCUCAUGCUUGCCUCAUGCAAAAAAGGUUUAAUAUUUACACUGGAUUGGAACACCAGUUCUAUAUUAUGUAUUAGUGGUUUCAAAAAGGAUCAACCGUUACUUCUGCUUACUGCUAUUUCUGACUAGGUGUGGAAUAAAUAAUGUACUGUGUUGCACCUGUUGAUUCUUGUGAGAUAGUGUCAUUUAUGACAAGUUGUUUAAAUGAUUUUGAGUUUUGGAAUUACUGUCCAUUAUAUCUAUUUCUGAUCCAAAGUAAGUGGCUAAUAGGUUUUUAAGUAUCCUUCUCAACAAUGUUGAUCAAAGUAUAUCGCAGUCUUUGACUCUGGCAUGUAAUUUCUCUGUUCUCUUGUUGUAUAUUGCUGCCUGAGGCAUAACAUUUUCACAGUGAGUGCCUGUGCAAGCAUCAUAUUCAGGCGCUACUAAUGUCUUUCCAAAUAAAGUAUUUGCAUACUUGCA